CUCAAGUCACUUGUGUUUUCGGAUUCGUGGCGUGAAGAUGCUUAAAAAAUUUAAUAAAUUUGUUUUUAAAGAUUUUAGUUUUUAUUGUCAAAGUAAAAAGUUUAAUAGAUUAUUAAGUCGUGCAAUUACAACAUCGAAUGUAUCACAAAGUGCACAGCAUGAUUAUGUUGUUAAAUCACCGCUUCCACCUUUGAAUUAUCCGAAAGUCUCAAUCGAUCAGUACAUAUGGGCUGAUUAUGAAAAGUGGAUUAAUAAAGUGGCUAUUGUUGAUGGUAUAACUGACAGAUCCAUAACAUAUGGUGAAUUACGAGACAAGUGUCGUGCUUUGGCUAUUCGACUUCGAACAUCGUUUAAUUUACAACGAAAUGACACAAUCGCACUGUGUCUGCCUAAUUCUAUCGAAUUUCCUAUCGUUGCUCUAGGCGGUUCUGAAGCUGAACUGACUGUUACGACAAUUAAUCCAAUUUACACGUCAGAGGAAAUUUCGCGCCAAUUAAUCAGCAGUAAUGCAAAACUACUCUUUGGUGACGUGAGCAUGAGUAGCAUUUUUAAGCAUGCCAUUAGCAAAGCUAAGAGAAAUAUCAAAAUUGUUUAUGUCACUAAUUCACCAUCUGAAUCUAUUCCUGCUGAUGGAAUCAGGCUGAGUGAACUUAUUGAAACAAGAGGACUAGACUUGAUGUCUUUGCCUGAAACUGAGCGAGAUAUUGAUGCUGUAUCAUUUCUUCCAUAUUCCAGUGGAACAACAGGUCUUAAUAAAGGAGUCAUGCUUUCCCACUGGAAUAUCGUCACAAACUCAUUAGCACUAAGAAGUGCUGAGCUUCAACUAGCUGCAGAUACAACUCCAGACAAUCAAGACGUUAUUCCAUGUGUUCUUCCAUUCUUUCAUGCUUAUGGAUUAGUUGUUACUCUAUUAGCAAAAUUAGCUCAAGGUUGUAAGCUAGUGACUGUACCUAGAUUCCAUCCUGAAACAUUUUUGAGUGCUAUGGAAAAGUAUCCAGGAACUGCACUUCAUUUGGCACCACCGAUGAUCAUUUUCUUCAACAAUUAUGAAAAGAUUCGACCAAAACAUACAAGAUCGAUUCGCUAUGUUGUAUCUGGAGCAGCACCAUUGGGGAGUUCGGAUAUCGAGAAAUUCUUGAAAAUAUCUCCACAAACACAAUACAUCCAAGCUUAUGGUUUAACAGAGGCCAGUCCAGUUACUCAUAUGUCAGCCAAAAGCUCCACAAAUUAUGCUAGCAUUGGAGAUCCUAUUCAUGAUACAGAAUGCAAAGUUGUUGAUAUUAAUGAUCCAGAAUUUCGAGGAUUAGGUCCAAAUCAAACUGGAGAAGUACUUAUUCGUGGACCACAAAUAAUGCUUGGCUAUCAUAACAAUGAGACAGCAACUAAAGACACUGUUACAUCUGAUGGAUGGCUUAGAACUGGAGAUAUUGGGUAUCAUGAUGAGCAAGGAAAUUUUUACAUUACUGAUCGACUUAAGGAAUUGAUUAAAGUUAAAGGAUUUCAAGUUGCUCCAGCGGAACUAGAAGAAAUCUUAAGAAUGCAUCCAGAUAUUGCAGACGCAGCUGUUAUUGGAGUUCCAAAUCCAGCAACUGGUGAACUUCCUCGAGCAUUUGUCGUAGCUAAAAAAGGAUCAAAGAUAAGUGAGAAAAGUGUUCAAGAAUAUGUGGCACAAAGAGUCAGUGAUUACAAAAAGUUAGCAGGUGGUGUCGAAUUUGUGGAUACGAUUCCAAAAAAUACAACAGGGAAAAUUCUAAGAAGAGAAUUAAAGAGUCGAUAUGUAUGAAUAAAUUUGAUAAAUGGAACUAAGUUGUUGAGAAUAAAUGUAACUGGAUUUGAAAUUUGAA